AUGGGGAAGAUUAUUUUCUAUGAGGACAAGAACUUUCAAGGCCGUUCCUAUGAGUGUAACUGUGAUUCCAUUGACCUACACUCAUACUUCAGCCGCUGCAACUCCAUUCGUGUUGAAAAUGGAAACUGGAUUAUCUAUGAACAUCCCAAUUACAAAGGGCAUCAAUAUUUCCUGAAGAAGGGAGACUAUCCUGACUUCCAGCAGUGGUUGGGUUUCAAUGAUUCCAUCAGGUCCUGCCGUUUAACACCACAACAUCGCGGUUCCUUUAAGAUCAAAGUGUAUGAAAAGGAGAAUUUUGGCGGUCAUAUGAUGGAGUUCACAGAAGACUGUCCUCAUAUCUACGAACAAUUUAAAAAUACUGACAUCUACUCUUGCAGUAUACCUGAAGGUCAGUGGAUCUUCUAUGAAGAACCCAACUACAAAGGACAACAGUACUACCUGAAGCCUGGAGAUUAUAGACGAUUCUCUGAUUGGGGGGCCAGUAGCCCCAAAGUGGGUUCCUUACGAAGAGUAUUGGAGUUUAAAUAA